ACAAAAGGUCACUUGUAUGACAUUCAUUUCAAGCUUCUGGUGAGCAGAAUCUGCCGUCUGAAUCUAGAAAAGUUUGAAUAUUGCCAAUUUUCCAAAAAGAGAAGUGGGUAUUUUUCAAUAUAGACUGCUUGUGUGGCUAAUCUUAGAAAACAUGUAGAGGUUACAUUCAAGUAAAUUUGUACUUCAAAACAUGUCCAUGUCUUUACUAUCCAAGAUAAUAUUUUGAUCGUCAAAUUAGUACACUUAUCUCUAACUAUAGAAAACAAAAAGUAGUACAAGUUAUUUUUCAUACCAGGAUUUCUGUUUGGACUACAUUGAGUUCAUAUUUGUAAAUGAUUUCCAUUCAAAUUUCUUAAUAUAGUAGUAUAUUAUUUGCAAUUGCACACUUAAAUAGUAUUUUAUAGCAACACUCCUUUUUGAAGACAACCUCCUUCACUGUUGACAAAGUCAAUAAGAAUGGAUAGCAACUCACGUUAAGUUCAAAGACUCCAGCACUAUAUAAGCCAAUUGUAGCUUCCAUCUCAUUUUGUGCUUCACCAGAAAGGUAGGGAGGCAGUAAAUUUAAGUUUACUAAUUCAAAUUCUCUUUUGAGCAUCUCUUGUGCAGUGAAAUCCAAUAUGGAAGGCUCUUAUGGUGCACCUGAAUCUGUUCAGAAGAUUCAGAAGAAAUUUGCUCUACCUGUAGAUUCUGAACAUAAAGCCACUGAAUUCAGAUUAUUUUCAGUGGCUGCUCCUCAUAUGCGGGCAUUUCAUCUGUCGUGGAUUUCUUUCUUCGCCUGUUUCGUCUCCACUUUUGCUGCUCCACCCCUCCUUCCCAUCAUUCGUGAUGAUCUUGAUUUAACGGCUACAGACAUUGGAAAUGCAGGAAUUGCAGCAGUUUCAGGCGCAGUUUUUGCAAGAGUUGCCAUGGGAACAGCUUGUGAUUUAUUCGGUCCUCGAUUAGCCUCUGCUUCUCUCACCCUUAUAACUGCACCAGCUGUUUACUGCACUGCCAUUGCCAAUUCUGCUACCUCGUUUCUUUUAAUCCGGUUUUUCACUGGCUUCUCCCUUGCAACUUUUGUCUCAACCCAAUUCUGGAUGAGCUCCUUGUUCUCUUCUAAGGUCGUUGGCACUGCAAAUGGCAUCGCUGGCGGGUGGGGCAAUCUUGGAGGUGGCGCAACACAGCUUAUCAUGCCUCUGGUCUUUAGCCUUAUCCAAAAUAUUGGUGCAACUAAGUUCACAGCUUGGAGAAUAGCAUUUCUCAUCCCUGCCCUGUUUCAAACUCUAUCAGCAUACGCUAUUUUCUUCCUUGGCCAAGAUUUACCCGAUGGAAACUACUCACAACUGCAUAAAUCAGGAGAUAAACACAAAGAUAGUUUUUCACAGAUUUUCUAUCAUGCAAUUACGAAUUACAGAGGGUGGAUCUUGGCAUUAACUUAUGGUUAUUGUUUUGGGGUUGAACUUACUAUUGACAACAUAAUUGCACAGUAUUUCUAUGAUAGAUUCAAUGUGAACCUUCAUACUGCUGGAAUUAUUGCAGCCAGUUUUGGAUUGGCAAAUUUAUUCUCGCGGCCCGGAGGGGGGAUUCUAUCAGAUAUUAUGGCAAAGAGGUUUGGAAUGAGGGGCAGGCUAUGGGCACUGUGGAUAGUGCAGACAUUGGGUGGCAUUUUCUGCAUUCUUUUAGGCAAAGUAGGAUCUUUGGGUGUUUCGGUCGCUGUAAUGAUUAUAUUUUCCGUCUUCGUGCAAGCUGCGUGCGGCCUUACUUUUGGAAUCGUUCCUUUUGUUUCAAGAAGGUCUUUGGGCAUUAUAUCUGGGAUGACGGGUGGAGGUGGAAAUGUAGGUGCGGUUCUAACUCAAGUAAUUUUUUUUAGAGGAUCAAGAUACUCGACAGAAACCGGUAUAACACUUAUGGGGAUUAUGAUCAUAUGCUGCACCCUCCUAAUUAUGUUGUUAUACUUCCCACAAUGGGGUGGAAUGUUUUUUGGUCCAUCUUCGGAAGGCACUACAGAAGAAGACUACUACAUGUCUGAAUGGAAUUCAGCAGAGAAAGAAAGAGGCAUUCACAUGGCGAGCAUGAAAUUCUCCGAAAACAGCAGAAGUGAAAGAGGCAAACGGGUAGGAUCUGCACCCUCACCAACCGAUGGGACUCCAAGUACAUACGUGUGACUGAAGAAUCAAAGUAAAGCAAUUUUUUCCCGAAAUUGAAGUAUUUUAUGCUCAAAUAUAGUUGGCGAAGUCCAUAAAUAAACAUGAGAAAGGUCAUUUCUGUCA